CUCGCCUCCUUCCCCUCCCCUUCCGCGCCGCCGCCGACCCACCCCCUCACUAACGAAGAUGAAGACCAUCCUGGCGUCGGAGACGAUGGAGAUCCGGGAGGAGGUGUACGCGCCGGAGGUCAGCGGCAUCACGAAAGCCACAGCGGCCCUCGGAUCGGUGACGGUCUCCCGCAUGAGGUGCUUCCCGUGCAAGGUGAUGAACGCCAUCCACUCCCGGUCGCUACGCGCCCAGUCGGCCAGGGACGCCGUCGCAAGGCGGAACAGGUCGAACCGCGCCGAGUUGCCCGGGCGGGCGCCGUAGCCCGUGCCCGCCAAAAACGUGGCGGACGACGCGACGAGCAGCAGUGGUGGCUGUGCUGUGCCAUCAAGUGGUACGACAGCUUCUUCCUCUCCAUGCUCGCCACCAGCGUAAUCAUCGUCUCCAUCAACUGGAGGAGGUACCGCCUGUGCGCGCACCCGCUCCACAUAUGGAUCGUCGUCGACUAAACCGCAUCUUCGUCUUCCGCCUCCUCAUGUUCCUCGACAACGGCCACGCUGCAGGGAUGGGACUGUAAGCCCCCCCUGCAGAGGUGGUGCGACGCGACAUGCUUGGGUGCUUGCGAUUUUUCUUUGUGCGUGCCGUGCUGGUCGUGGGUCAAAGCUUCCUAGGACACGCUGCGCCGGAUUUCGGUUGGAUCUGUUUCCGUUAACACGGAUGCUUUACUCAGCAGUACUACAACUUUUGACAGUAGAUUAAUUCCACUUGAAAAAUCUGGAUCCUCAGUCACGGUCAUAGCGAUACUAGACAACAUUUCCUUGGUGUCCACUGGUCACCUACAUUGAGCAGAAUAGAGCAGCAAUUUGCUUAUGUUCCGGACCCAGUCGCUCGUGAGCACAAAAGUAGUAGCGUUGCUUGAGCAUCAUCGGGUUGUCGGGAUUUUGGCACUGGUCACCUACUAGCACCGUUGUCCACAUUUUGGCACUGGAUGGAUGCCAUGGGAUGAUACUGCGGUUGAUGAUACUACAGUGUAUGUGCGGAUUUGCUGCACGGAUCUAGCUUUCUUUGUGCAAGUAGACGAACUUCUUGCGUGUGAUUGACUGAUUUCUGCUGUGGUUGCAGAUGAUGAAGGUGGACAUACUCGACGGGGUCACCAUCUUGCGGUUCGAGAAGGUCAAGGAUGAGAUCGCCCUCGACAGCAACGACAUCGAGCUCGCGUUCUACCCCCUUAUCAACCAGCUGAAUCAAACAGGAUCCAGACACUGUCUUUGCUCAUGCGCAUGGUGAUGUUGCCUGAAUAAUUUUUGUUUGAUGUGAUGCAGAUGAGCCUGCUCUACUUCGAGGAGCAGCUGUCGGGGCGGCUGUCGCACGGCCAGCGUGUCGCCUGGCGCGACCACUUUGGCCUCAUCGACGGCCUCGAGGAAGGGAUGGAUUUGGUGGGAGGGUACUACAAUGCCAGCGACCACGUCAAGUUCGGGCUGCCCAUGGCCUUCACGGUGACCAUACUGUCGUGGAGCCUGCUUGAGUACGGCGGCAACGUGGCAGCCAUCGGCGAGCUCGCGCACAGCCUCGAGUACAUCAAGUGGGGUACCGACUACUUCAUCAAGGCGCACACCAAGCCCGACGAGCUCUGGGCCGAGGAAAGUGGUGAGAAGAUGUCGAGGAUGCCUACUUGGGACAUUUAAAUCAACACAACAUAAAAAAUUCCGAACCUAUGUGUUGCAGAUGUGCCAUUUUUCUAUUGUGCAAUUAUGUUUGUUAUUGCUAUAUUCGUGUGUAAAGAAAUGUAUUCAUGAGAUGACUUAUUGUGUUAUGUAAACGUGGGAUAUGUAUUUUGUGAUGUUA